AUGUGGUGGUUGCGAGGCGCAGGCAGGAUGAUGCGGAGGCUGGUGUGUGGUCGCCUGGCUUCCCUCUGGUUGUUGAAGGCUCUUCUUCUCUUCGUGGUGGUGGUUUUUGCUGGUCAGCUGUUAGGAACCAUCUUCAACAGGGGCAAUGUCCAACCAGCUGUACAGUCCAUCUUCUCCUCCCCUGAUGCUCAGGGCCUCCCCUUGGGCUCCUGUCAGCCCCACACCCACAUCAUGUUCCUCAAAACACACAAGACGGCCAGCAGCACGGUGCUCAACAUGCUUUACCGCUUCGGAGACGAGCACGAGCUCCGCUUCGCCCUGCCGCUGGGAUACCAGCUGGGCUACCCGCUGCCCUUCAAUGCUCACAGGGUCAAAGGUUACCGAGGUCCCAGAGCCAUCGAGUUCCACAUCAUGGGCAACCACAUGAGGUUCAAUAAGCCAGAGGUGGAGAAAGUGAUGCUCGCAGACACGUUCUACUUUUCCAUCAUCAGGGAACCUGUGGCUCUGGCUGAGUCUUCCUUCGCCUAUUAUAAAGAAGUUGCUCCAGCAUUUCGGAAAGCCAAAGGAUUAGGGGACUUUGCUGAUGACCCUAGGAAAUUCUAUGACCCUCAUCUCCGCAACAACCACUACGCCAAAAAUCUGCUGUGGUUUGACUUUGGCCUGGAUCACAAUGCUAAUUUUUCCUUGGCAUUGGCUCGGCGUGGGGAGGACUUGAUCCGACAGACCUUUAAGCUGAUUUUAGUGUCUGAGUACUUUGACCAGUCGAUGAUUCUCCUGAGGCAUGCUCUCUGUUGGCCGCUGGACGCCGUUGUUUCAUUCAGCCUUAAUGCUCGACAGCAGAAGCCAAGCAUCAAUGGAGGAAUGAGUGGAAGCUGGGUAGGCAAAGCAGCUGCUGGCGUUGGUCUUAAAGGUGGGAAUAAACAAGCAAAAGUGCCCCCAAAUCAGUCACUAACAGAGAAUCAGCGGGAAAGGUUGCGACAAUGGAACGCCUUAGACUGGUCCUUGUACAGAGCCUUCAACAGGACCUUCUGGGAAGAUGUCAACAGGUUUGGUCAUACUCAAAUGGAGCGAGAGGUAGCUCUGCUCAGGAUGCGUCGGGAAGUUUUGGCUCGAGUUUGUCUCAGAGAUGGAGGGAAGCCUGUAGAGGCUCACCGGAUCAGAGAUAAAAACAUCCGGCCUUUCCAGAGCGGUUUAGUGAAAAUCCUUGGCUAUGAGCUGCAGCCUGGGCUGGACAAUGUCACCCGGACGUCCUGCGUGAGGAUGAUCAGGCCUGAGAUCCAAUACAAAGACUUGUUAGACUUCAAGCAGUUUCCACAGACCUCUGUCGUCCAGGUUCCGCCAGGACAGCAGAACCAGGUCCUUAUGGUAGCUGUCGGUGGAGCCUUUUUAAGUCUGGAUUCAUCCAGGAAAAGAGAGACUAAAGAGGAGGGCAAUAAAGACUGGGAUAGAAGUAAUUUCUUCAAGAGGAACCAAACUUUAGUACAAAUGCAUGAAAAAAGAAUGUUUAGAUAG